AUGAUUGAAUCCAUUUCAUUGAUUCAAAGCUGGUAUAUCGCCUUGCCAUGCUUGUUCAUCGUCCUUCAAAUUGCCCUAUACUUUCAUACACAGUAUUUGAUUAGGAAGUUGGGCGCUAAGCCGAUGCUAAAUGUGAGAUCUGAUGGUUGGUUCGGCUUUAAAGAAGGCAAAGCCAUGCUCAAAGCUAUCGAGGAGGGCAGAGUCUUGCAUUUAGGUGUUGCCAAAUACUAUAAGGUGGAUCACCCCGAGGUGCCCACUUACUUUGAGAGAAUCUUUGGCAAAGGCAUCAUUUUCACAAAAGACCCUGAAAACAUCAAGGCGAUAUUGGCUACCCAGUUUACCGAUUUUGGAUUGGGCCACAGGUUGCGCUAUUUUGAUCCAUUGCUCGGGAAAGGCAUAUUCACAUUGGACCAUGCAGGGUGGAAGGACUCACGAGCAAUGUUGAGACCGCAGUUUGCUAGAGAACAAGUUGCCCAUGUGAGAUCCUUGGAACCUCACAUUCAGUAUUUGUUUAAACACAUUGAUCUUCACAAGGGCGAGUAUUUCGAUAUCCAGGAGCUAUUCUUUAGAUUCACCGUUGACUCGGCUACCGAGUUUUUAUUCGGUAGUAGCGUUAGCUCGUUGCAGGAUGAAUCAAUUGGGUGCAACACCAAGGAGCUCGAUUUCGCCGGAAGAUUACAGUUUCCUGCCGCCUUUAACAAGUCACAGCUCUAUCUUGCAACUAGAAACAUGUUGCAAACGCUUUAUUGGCUUGUAAACCCCAAGGAGUUCCAAGAAUGCAAUAAAGUGGUUCACGAUUUUGCCAACCACUAUGUGAACUUGACAUUGAGCUAUUCUCCAGAAGAGCUCGAGGAGAAGAGUAACGGAUACGUGUUUUUGUACGAGUUGGCUAAGCAAACUAGAGAUGCAGCAGUGUUGAGGGAUCAAUCCUUAAACAUCUUGCUCGCGGGGAGAGACACCACCGCUGGUUUACUAUCAUUUGCCAUAUUUGAACUAGCAAGAAAUCCAGAUAUGUAUGCUAAACUUCGUAAAGAAAUAUUAGAAAGGUUUGGACCAACUGAUCUUGAAGAUAUCACAUUUGAGAGUUUGAAGCUGUGUGAAUACUUGAAAGCAGUCUUGAACGAGACACUCCGGUUGUACCCUUCGGUGCCACGCAAUGCCAGACUUGCCACCAAAAACACAACGUUGCCCCACGGUGGUGGACCAGACGGAACGUCUCCCAUUUUCAUUCCAAAAAAUGCUGUUGUAACGUACAACAUAUCAGCAACUCAGUGCGACCCGUACUAUUAUGGCAAAGAUGCCGAUGUGUAUAGACCCGAGAGAUGGUUCGAAGAGUCAACGAGGAAAUUGGGAUGGGCGUAUUUGCCAUUCAACGGUGGUCCCAGAAUCUGUUUGGGACAGCAGUUUGCACUCACGGAAGCGAGCUAUGUGGUUACAAGAAUAGCUCAGACUUUUAGCAAGUUGGAAUUGCAGGACCGUUAUGAAUAUCCACCAAAGACCUUGGUUCACUUGACCAUGUGUCUUUUUGAUGGUGCUUGGGUCAAAAUGGAGAGAUGA